AAAUCAAAACAAAACAAUUCCAAAUCAAAAGAAAAGAAAGUAAAGGCAGAAACCCCCAUUAGAAUACUCUUUCACAAGCAAACAUAACUAGAGCAAAAUGAGGAAAAAGCCAUAGAAAAAGUUGGGGGGGAAAGCAAAAGAGAAGAAAAACCCUCAAAGAACUCAGAAACACACAGUUACACAGUAGUAGUAACACUACAGUUCAAGAAAAAGCUCGUAUCUUACCAGUCCCUUUCAUUUCUUCUCUGUCUUUUCGAUAAAUCCUUCUGUUUUUUUUUUACCUGUCAGUUCAAUCCAUUUUUCCUCUCAAUGCUACUCUCUAUGGUCCACUUUAUCAUGCAUUAAACACUAUCCAUGUUACCUCUCAGAUCUAAUUGUAGCUUAUUAGAGGUGAUUUCAAUGGAAAUGUUUGGUGCUGAGUUGAUUGAUGAUUGGAUUGUGAACUGAUUCACUAGGUAUUUGUUGAGAUCAAGUUGAGGAUGGUGGUUUACUUGUGAGUUAGGGUUUGUUUCUUGGUGUGAAAUUAAUUGUUUCAAUGGACGGGCGUAUGAAGAAAUACGGGCAGUUGAGUCCAGAGAGAGCAAAAGUUUGGACUGAGAAAUCACCCAAGUAUCAGCAGCAGCAGCCGGCACGGUUGAGUAAUGGCAAAGUGCCUGUUGUAUAUUAUCUCUGUAGAAAUCGACAGCUCGAACAUCCUCAUUUCAUUGAAGUGCCCCUGUCUUCCACUGAUGGUCUCUACUUAAGGGAUGUAAUUAAGAGGCUUAACGUUUUGAGAGGUCGAGGAAUGGCUUCAUUGUACUCAUGGUCUUGCAAGAGAAGCUACAAGAACGGUUUCGUCUGGCAUGAUCUUUGUGAAGAGGACCUCAUUCUUCCUGCUCAUGGUAAUGAAUAUGUUCUUAAAGGCUCGGAACUUUUUGAUGAAUCCGAUGCAGGUCGCUUCAGUCCAGCUGGAAAUGUUAGAUUGUCUAACCAAAAGCUGCUGCCAGAACCACAAUCCUCUAGAAGCCAAGAUGACACUUCGUCUUCUUCUAGCAUGAAUGAAAAAGGUACAAAGAAUUCUCAAGAUGAUGAAUCAUCACCUCCUGUUCAACGAUCAGGUUCUUCAGCGGUAUCUCCUCAAUCGUCCAGUGCUGAUAAAAGCUCUUCAUGGAAUGGUUCAUUAAGCUUGGCAGAGUACAAGAUCUAUAAGAAUGAAGGUCUCGCCGAUGCUUCAACUCAGACUGAUGAAAAUGGAAGCAAAUCUACACCGCCAGAGACUUGCACGAGAGGUGUUUCAACAGAUGAUGGGUCUAUAGAGCUUGGAAAUAAUGAAAUUCAAGAGGUUCAGGUUCAACCAACAAAUGAAUCUGCGCAGAUUUGCCGGGAGACAGUAUCGCCUGCUCCGUCUUCGUCAAGUGCAUCGUCAUCAGGUGGUAGAACAGAUACCUUAGAAUCCCUCAUCAGAGCUGAUAUUAAUAAGCUCAACAGCUUUAGAAUAAUUGAAGGAGAGGAAUUUCGGGUUCCAAAAACUAAGCUAAAGCCCUCAAAUGUGCUGAUGCAACUAAUUUCUUGUGGAUCGAUUUCAGUAAAGGAUCAUAGUUUUGGUCUUAUUCCUACCUACAGGCCGAGGUUUUCGCAUUCAAAGUUCCCGUCUCCUCUGUUCUCAACCUCGUUAACUUUAGGAGAUCUUGAUUGCCUGGCAGAGAAUCCUAAGUUUAUGAGUUUGAGGUUGGAAGAUAAGGAAUACUUUAGUGGAAGCCUUCUCGAGACGAAUAUGCCCAAGGAACCUACCCUUUUAAAGCGGUCGUCGUCCUACAAUGCUGACAGGACAAAUAAAGAACAUGUAGAUUCAGUUGAAGACAAAGAGGAGAAAAGCUCAGUCAUAAAGUGCAUUCCACGUUCCAUCAAGGCGACACUAAAUAAGCAGCAAGCAAGAAGCGAGUCAAUGAAGUCUCCUGUUUCUGAAGGUCCUAGAAUCUCAUCAGACGGAAUAGGCAGUUCACGGACCAUUACAUCUGACACAUCCCGUGGAGGAAGCAAGCGAAUUACAGAGCCAUCUGAUAAGAUACACUCAAAUAGAAUAGACUCUUUCAGAGAGGAGAAAGACAGUAUGAUCAAAAUUGAAGAAAGGCUUGCAUCAGGAGCUCGGGUUAUAAUACAGUCGAAAGGAGCUUUUGACAACGAUGAACAUUAGGCGAACCAAAAGCCUUCGGUUAACUAAGUGGAGAAUUUUGUUGAUCUUGUAACUACUUGUCCUACUUUUAACUGUCCAAGCAUGUUAUGUAAAUGCCAAUAUAGGGGAAAUCAUGAAGCAAUUUGAGUAUUUGCUGAAUAGUGACAAGUAGUUAGAGUUUUGAGCUGGUUCUAUUGUACCUAGCAUUGAAUUUUUCUUUUUCUGGUGUAUAAUUGCCAUUGAAAAAUGAUCAAGUGUUCCACUUUCAAUUUACUAUGUCUGAGCAAUUAUUUG